UAUCAUAAGUUCACUAGAGCCGCUCGCUAGGGCGGCUUCUGUUCCGGCAUUGCGCGCCGUUUUCUUUGUGUUUUGUGUAGUUGACGUGUGUGUGCGCGAAGUUAGAUGUUUGGCGGCAGUUUGUUUGGCGGUUAAUGUUAUAAGUGGUGGGCAUGAUGAAGAUGAACCACGCAAAUGGAGCCAUUGUCAGGAUCAAGCUGGAAAAUUUCAUGACUUACACAUUCGUGGAAGUACAUCCAGGAGCAAACCUCAAUGUCAUAGUGGGCACCAACGGGUCAGGCAAGUCGUCUUUGGUGUGUGCCAUCUGCCUCGGCCUGUGCGGCACUCCGCACACCGUCGGACGGGCUUCCAAUGUCUCCGACUACAUACGGCAUGGUGCAGACGCUGCUGUGAUUGAAAUCGAACUUUCCAGCACAUCGGGCAGAAACACAAUCAUUGAGAGGAAGAUCACGGGCAGCAAGUCCACCUGGAAAGUCAAUGGCAUCGUGACACCCCAGAAAUCAGUUGAGACCAUUGUGGCAAAGCUGAACAUACAGGUGAGCAACCUGUGCCAGUUUCUGCCACAGGACCGGGUGGCCGACUUUGUACGGAUGUCACGCCAAGAACUGCUCGAAGGUACCGAGCGUGCCGUGGGCAGCUCUGAGCUGUUUGACCUUCACCAGCGUCUCAAAGAGCUCCAGCAAAAGCGGGGCACCUUGGAGGCUACCCUGCAGGGCCAGAAAACUCGACUGGAGCAAGAUCGCCAGAAGGUGUCACACUUGGACUCCGAGGUGAAGAAGAUCCAGGAGCACAAGGAAGUGCAGCAUCGCAUCGAGCGCAUGCGCCAGAAGUUGGCUUGGAUGGAAUACGAGGAUGCGCGGCAUUUGUUCCUGGAUGAGAAAAAUAAGCUGCGGGAUGAAGAGCACAAGCUGAAGGUGAAGGAGCAGGAGCAAGCUCCGCUCCAGAGCACUGUAGACAAGUUGUCCAAGUGGCAGGCUGAUAUCGCUGCAACAGACAAGCAACUGAAAGCCGAACUUGCUGCUGGUACUAAAGGUAUCGAAGCUUCCCUGCAGAAUCUUGGUGAACUUGCAGAUAAGUUCUCGUCAGUUAAGCACGAGCUUAGGAGAAAGAUUCAAGAAGAAGAAGGGAGGAAUGAAAGGAUGAAGAAGUAUGUUGAUGAAAUUGCUGGAUUUGAGCGAGAAGUUGCCGAAUCAUCGAGAGAAGAUGUUGAGGCAAAGAUUAAAGAACUGCAAGAUCAAAUACAAGCGUGUAACAGGGACAUCAGCAGCGUCAGCAACGAGAAGGCUACGGCCGAUAACUUCAUCAGGGAUAAGCAGCGUGAAAGCAAUGCGGUCGUGCAGGAGAUCAAGCGGCUCAAUGACCUGUCGAACCAGAGACUGGAAUUGCUGAGGCGGCGAAGCCGAGAUGCCUACGAAGCAACUGUCUGGUUGCAGCAGAACGAAGGCCGCUUCAAAGGAAAGAUCUAUCCUCCCAUCAUGACUCAGAUUGACUUACUGAACGCAAGUGAUGCCAAGUAUGUGGAGACACAGAUUCCCGUGAAAGAUCUGCUGGCCUUUGUGGCCGAAUACCCGGAAGACCUCAAUUCAUUUUUGGGAACCGUCAGGGACACCCGGAACCUCCGAGUAAAUGGAGUUGUCGUUCCAUCGGAGAGCUUGGAGUCCUUCAAGCCACGUAGACCACUUUCUGAGAUCAGCCGCUGUGGCUUCCGAGCUUACAUCCAGUCUCUGUUCUCCGCCCCUGAUGGAGUGAUGCGCUACCUGUGCAAGCGGUACCGAGUGCACGACAUCCCUGUUGGUGACACACGCACCGAGGACUGCCUGGCCGAAGUGCGGCAAAUGGGAAUUCGGCGAUUCUUCACCAGAGACAACCUGUACACCGUCAGAGUGUCACAGUAUGAUCCUUCACGAACCACAACUAUGUCCUCGGAGUUGUCUGCACCCCGCCUGUUGACCAUGUCUGUGGACGUUACCAAUUUGAACAAGCUGGAGAAAGACAAGCAGGCCCUUGCUGAAGAGAUUGCUGCAAGAAUAGCUGAAGUGAAGAAACUGAAUGCAAAGGACAGGACUCUGCAGCAACAACUUGAAGAACUGAGAAUGGCAAAAAAACGGCUUAUUGGUGAGCUGUCUCACAUUAAGCAGCUCAGCGUUGUGUUGGAACAGAAACGCAGUGCCCUCCAGCGACUCCAAAGGGAAGCCAUUGACCUGGAUGCAGAGCGUCGGAAGGCUGCCGCCGAGCAGCGAAAAAUCUGUUCCUGCAGAGUCAAAGAAGUGAGCAAUUAUGCCAAGAAGCUCAAGGACUGCUACAAGAAACAUCGUGUGUUUGCCGAGCACCGUCUGGACAUGGUGAAGGCUGUGUCGGACAGAAAGAAGGCCGAGGAAAAGCUUAGGGUGGCCCAGAAUGAGUAUCGCUCCUUGGAGAAUGGAGUGAAGAACAUGAGGGAAAGGUUGCUGCAGCUGAAGCGGGAGGCCCAGAAGAAGCUGAAGGAGGCCCAGGAGGCCACCAAAUGCUCAUCCAGCACGUUCACCAUCCCACCAGAAGUGGCCAAGGAAUUCCACAAACUUCCAACCACAGCCGAGGAGAUCACCAAAAUGUUGCACGCGGAAGAAGUAAAGCUGAGCUGUAUGCUUCCUGUUGACGUUUCGGUUGAGCGAGAGUACCACCAACGCAAGCGGGACAUUAAGCAACUCGAGACCGAUGUGGACAAAAAUGAGACGCAGCUGUCAGAACUGGAGACCGAGAUGGAGGAGACCCGAGGCCGGUGGUUGCCGAACAUUGAGCAACUGCUGCAGCGGAUAAAUGUUGGCUUUGGCCGCUUUUUCCGUGCCCUGGGAUGUGCAGGCGAUGUGUCCCUGUACCAGGGUGAGCAGGCGCACCAGUACGAUCAGUUUGGCGUCAACAUCCGGGUGAAGUUCAGGGAUCAGGAGGCCCUCGCCGAGCUGUCCGCAGCGCACCAGAGUGGCGGAGAGCGGUCGGUAGCCACAGUGCUCUACAUGAUGGCGCUGCAGGAGCUGACAAGCGUGCCCUUCCGCUGCGUCGAUGAGAUCAACCAGGGAAUGGAUUCUGAAAACGAGCGCAGGGUCUUUGAAAUGAUAAUGAACACUGCCCGACAGAACUCCGCCCAGUAUUUCCUGCUCACCCCCAAGCUCCUUCCGGAUCUUCCCUAUGCAGAGAAUGUGACCAUGAUAUUCAUAAGCAAGUGCACCACGUACGUCCCCGACUGGAAUCCUGAAGCGCUUGUUGGUCGAAGCAUGGGCUUGGCAGCCCGUGUCCGGCAUUAGUGCCAGUUAUUAUACUGCAUAUAACUUUGCGAGGUUUUUUGGUUGCCGUGCUGCUGUACAGUCCAGUCAACAUGCAGCUUCCGUAUGUGCAUAAGUUUUUUUUAACCUAAUUAUAUGCAGUGUUCUUGAAACACGCGAAGCAAUCGAAACAUUGCGUAGUAUUAGUUUGUUUCUUUUCUUUCUUUUUUUUAGUUUUUUAGUGGUGCCUCUGUGAGGUCUAAACAUUUUUUUUCUAGUGCUAGAACCUGUACUGGGAAGCUGAACCUUUGAGCUGUGAUUACCCAUCACAACGCAAGUCACUUAAAGAUGUUGUAAAGCAGUUUACUUGUAUAUUACACGAAGCUGCUUUUAUGUUGUGCAUAAAUUACCAUGCACUUUUAAUUUUAGUCCAGAUAAUAAUGUUUUAGAUGCUACCGGUGCCUUAUAAUUGAAGGUGCCCUUUAAAGCAUUUUUAUCUCAUUCUACAUAAGUUGUGUAUGCACAGAAACUGUGUCUGACAGAGCCAAGAUAAUUGCUGUCUGGAUGCAAUGGUGCUCAAGUGCAUUUUAUCAUCCUGUACAGUGCAGUCUACUCUCAAAAGGAACUGCUGAUUACAUAUAAAUUGAUACACUGUUGUAUUUGGACAGUUUUUGAACAUUUAGAUGUUGGCUGAAUGCAUACAAUCGGCCAUCUUUCUCAUUUAAUGUCAUUGGGGUGUUUCAUUUGUGUUCGAUUUAUUAUCAGCUGACUGUUCCCUUUGAAAGUGUGCUGUAGUGUACACAUCGUAAUGGUUCUGUGAUGGCCUCACCUUUAUGUUGAAGCAUUACAUCAUCGUUUUUUUACUGCAUUUCAUUAUGUGAUAUGAUUAACUCAUAUAAUGUACAUUGUUUCAAAUGUGAUAGUCAUGUAUAAUAUUUAAAUUUAUGUUUGGAGAUGAAUGGACUAUAAAUAAAGCCAUAAAUGUUGAUAA